AUGUUUGGAUCCCGAACAGAUGCAAUCACAGCUAACCCAAAAAAUCACCAACAGUUGAAAUGUACGAGCAACAAGGAAGGCUGUGAUCGAUGUCGAUUCAAGAAAAUUGUUUGCUCUUAUAUAUCACCCAGACAGGACCGGUUGAAGCGGCGCGGGUCACGGCGUCCUUCUAGCAUCAGCAGUACGCUCUCUUCAGCUGCAGACCCCCGGCAGAGGGCCGCAGCAGGCAGAGCGAAGCGCAUCGUAACUGAUACCACAAUAGUACCACUGGCGACGGACGAUAGUUCUCCAGAAACUUUACCACAAAUCGAUUGCCUGCGUCUCGAUGACACCCAGAACAAUGUGCUAGCACACCUGAAAGGAUGGCCUCAAGAUCCGCAGGAAGACCAACUCACCAUCCUAGAGCCGAAUAGUCAGCUAUUCUUUGGGUCAAAGAAUGGUUCAUUCAUGCUCAGCGACUCAUCUCUUACCGGCCAGGUAACUUCGUCAAACUGCUCCGACAUCAUGGAUUUUCUAAACUUUGAUUCCUUUCCGGAUGAUGGGUCACCGGCUUCUGCUGCUUCGGACUGUAUUGAUUCAGGUGCACUGCACUAG